GAGCGGCCGGCGGGUUUUUACCGGGCACCGGACGCACCGUGAAAGAGGGCGCUUUUUUUGAGGGGUUCUGUGCCCCCGCCUCCCACUCUCCCCAGCGAUGGCAUUCACGGAUCGAUCAACGGGAGCGCCUUAAGGCUCUGAGUGAUGCAAUCUCUGUUCGGUGGCGGAGGGGAGCUGGGGCUGCUCGGUGGAGGCGGCGACGCAGGAGGACUGAAAGAGGAUGGCUGUGGCAGUGUCGCAUGGCGGUCUUCGCCACUCCCCCACGAUGAAGUCUACUCAACCUCCCACUUCGCCCUUAUCACCGCCUAUCAGGACAUCAAGACGAGACUGGCCUGCCUGGAGCGGGAGAACACUAGUAUCAAGAGGAAGCUGAAGAUCUAUGAGAUCAAGUUCCCUAUGAUCAACGAGUUUGGUGAGGACACCAACUCCUACUGCUCUUUUGAGAGCAAGGAGACGGCGCUGCUGCACUCAGAAAACGGCAGCCUGCAGCAGAGAGUCAACGCCCUGACCCACGAGCUCCAGAAGAGAAAGGAGCGAGAGGAACAGCUGGAGGAUGUGAUCAAGGCCUACGAGAAGAUUCACAUGGAGAAGAACAACCUCCAGAGGGACCUCGACAAGAUGACCAGUCUGGUGGAGAAGCAUGUCGAGCGGAUCCUGAGCCUGGAGUCAGCUCUGAGGCAGAGGGACAACUCCCUGCAGAAACUCAACAUGCAGCUGCACAGCAAAGACAUGCAGUAUCUGCAGCUGCACGCUGGCCCAGACGCGCACAUGCUUGACUGUCCAGCAUUGACCCUUCAGAGCUCCCGCAGCCUUGAUGCCCUGUCUGACCUUAAGCUGCAGCGCCUGGAGGCGGAGCUAGAAGGGGCGCGGCACGAAGCCCAGGGGGCGUGUCAGCGGGAAGAGGAGCUGAAGACGGAGUGUGAGAGACUCAAGGACGAGAUGAGACAGCUGCAGAACAGCCAGAGGGAAAUGACUUCUCCGUGCAAGCAGUGUGAUGUGGAGUGGAUAAAGAAGGUGGGAGAUGAGCAGGUGAACUUGGCUCUGGCCUACACAGAGUUAACGGAGGAGCUGGGACGCCUGCGAGCGCUGAGCUCCAAGCAGACGGAGAUCCUGAGGAAAGCCACGCAGGAGCAGGCUAGUCCAGUUGGAACAGGCCUUAAAAUCCAGCUUCACUCUCCCAUACACCACCAGCGCCACUCUCCAGUAUCGCAGCGCCACUCGCCCAUUCCACAGCGCCAUUCUCCAGUCCCACCUCCACCACACCACUCUCCUAUCCAACAGCGACGCUCUCCGGUGCUGCAGCGCCUCUCCCCGGACAUGCACCGCCGGUCACCCAUGCUGGACGUGAAUGACGGACCGGCCUCUUACUCCUGCCGCCCACCCAGCCAGCACCUACGAGCCAGCUUUCAAGGUCGUCGCAGUUACUCUGAGGUUGCUGACCCCUCAGCUUACCAGUGCCCACCCCGCUUCUCUCUGGACCCGGUCUCCACACUGCCUAAACCACGGCCCUACGUUGAGAGCUACUCAAAACAGCAGCCCCAGCAUGUAGGCUCUCCUCACAGUGGACUGCAGCACAGAGGAUCCCCAUCUCCCCAUCAAGGUGGAGCAGGGGGAGACGGAGGCCUUGGUGAGAGCUCCAUGCGCCACUCCAGAGAGAUGCCAUUUCCACUGUCAGAGGUGGCCCACCUUCACUUUGAGCCCCCUCCUCCUUCCACACCAGCCCCUCAACCACCACAAUCCUCUGAGGAUGAGGAGGAGUGGACCUGUCCACAUCCCAUCAGCCCACCGAGGACACUGGGCGUGCUCUCUGCCGCCGUGCCCAGUGGUGUCAUGAGGGGCCCGGCAUCGUGCUCAGCCUUCCCUGCCCCUCAGAGGUCUAACACCCUCACCUGUCACCCGCAGCCAGGAUACAUGUCAGCAGAGCAUGCUCAGUCCUGGCCUUCAAUCAAUCUCUGGAUGGAGACGGAGGAGAGUGACAUGAGGAGCUGCCCUCUCUGCCAGCUGAUAUUCCCGGUCGGUUACCCUGACGAUGCCCUCAUCAAGCACAUUGACUCCCACCUGGAGAAUAGCAAGAUAUGAUUGUCAUGGCAACCAGCCCGCACACAUCUGCGCGCUCUUCUUAUAGAUUAUGUAAGAGGUUAGCAGACAUGACCAGAGGGAAAUUCAAAUGUACACAAACAGGCCAUCCAUUUAGGGCGUGAACCAGUUAGCUACUACAUGUGUGAUGCUAUAGGUAGGGGUGCAAAAUGGCGCAGAGGUUUAUUUUAUUUUGAGGCAUUUAAAUGCAGGUCUUUGAAUAAAGGGUCUACAUGCAGAAUCCCUCACUGAUUGCCCCUAGGACAGAUCUGCCUGUAUAAUCACUGGCUCUGGUUGCUGCUAUUUCUUUAGAAGUCUUGUUGUGCAUUGUUCAGGCAGUUUAGGGUAUUGUGUUUGUUUGGUUUUUUUUUUUUUUUCUUUUUUCUGCUAUAUGGUGUGGAUUUGAUUCAGCAAAGUAAGGUGUGAGAGGCACACUGGCAGGUUCAGGGGCUCUGCAUGCCAAAAUGUUUGUCCAUCAGUAAAAGUUCAGGGAGCUAUGGCGCAACUAUUCUCACCUCUUAGCUUUAAAUAUUCCUGCACA